CCUAUGUUCAACUCAUCUCAUCCACAACAAGUUCUCUUUACUUAGAAAUCAAUAUCAAUCCCAAUUUGCAAACAGUUUGUGUUUCUUUGAUUCUCAAAUGGCGCAUUACCAGAGCGAAUACCCCACAGAGUCUCCCACAGACGAGUACGGCAACCCCGUUACCCGCACUGACGAGUAUGGCAACCCGAUUCACCACGGCGUGACCGGAGCAACCACCGGGCACGGCAUUCAUGACACCACUCACGUCACCGGAACCGGCUACGGAACUCACGGCACCGGUACUGCACCCACUGGUUUCGUUGGGGAUGCUCCUGGUGGUCACGGCGUCACUACUCUUCCGCGUUCUGGCAGCUCCAGCUCCAGCUCCUCUGAGGAUGAUGGUUAUGGUGGAAGGAGGAAGAAGGGUUUGAAGGAGAAGAUCAAGGAGAAGCUGCCAGGUGGCACACGCCGGUCCGAUGACCCCUACGGUACAACCCCGACUACCACACCUUCUGGUGGUCAGCACCAGGAUAGGGGAGUGAUGGACAAAAUCAAAGAGAAGAUCCCAGGUGGUCACAAGGACGAUCCCUACAGUACUACUCAUACCACUACUACACCGGGUUACGGCGUGGCCGGAGAGCACCGUGAGAAUAAGGGAGUGGUGGACCAGAUCAAAGAGAAGCUACCAGGCGGUCACAAGAAUGAUCCCUACAGUACUACACAUAGCACUACUACACCGGGUUACGGCGUGGCCGGAGAGCACCGUGAGAAUAAGGGAGUGGUGGACCAGAUCAAAGAGAAGCUACCAGGCGGUCACAAGAAUGAUCCCUACAGUACUACACAUAGCACUACUACACCGGGUUACGGCGUGGCCGGAGAGCACCGUGAGAAUAAGGGAGUGGUGGACCAGAUCAAAGAGAAGCUACCAGGCGGUCACAAGGAUGAUCCCUACAGUACUACUCAGAGCACUACUACACCGGGUUACGGCAUGGGUUACGGCAGGGCCGGAGAGCACCGUGAGAAUAAGGGAGUGGUGGACCAGAUCAAAGAGAAGCUACCAGGCGGUCACAAGGAUGAUCCCUACAGUACUACUCAUAGCACUACUACACCGGGUUCCGGCGUGGCCGGAGAGCACCGUGAGAAUAAGGGAGUGGUUGACAAGAUCAAAGAGAAGCUACCAGGUGGUCGCAAGGAUGAUCCCUACGGUACUACUCACACCACCACGACUGCUGCACCGGCUUACGGUACUGCAACAGGGGAGCACCAUGAGAAGAAGGGAAUGAUGGACAAGAUCAAGGAGAAGCUUCCCGGUGGACACAGCACCACUCGAUAAACUGAUUAGUUUGUAAUUAACGGCUGUGGAUCAAUGCUCGUUUGUAAUUUGACGCUGAUACGCACAGUUAGGGUGCAUAAGCGUAUUUAUGCCGGGUAGUGUAUAGCAGCUAGUGUGGUUUGUAUAAUAAAGCUCACCAUGCAUGUUCGUCGUGUAUGUGGGUUCGCACUGUGUCCGUUUGUUGUAUUAUGUAAUAUCGAUAUAUCUUAAUUUCUUUAUUUGAGGUGUACACGGUUUUCAAUCUA